UUUGUAGUCCACGGCUCACGUGACUUUCACGAAUCUUAAGUGCGGCUAUAAGAAUAAAUCCAUAGGACAGUUUCAUCAUUGCGAUAUUAAGGCCGUUAAUCGUACCCACAAGUAUGUUUCAGUAUAUGGAAGACACAACAUGAGAAACAUUAAUAAUGCUACAGUAAAUAUAAAGCUAAUGCGUGACAACCAUGGCUAUAAGCCCUACUUCUUUAACUUGACUUUUGAUGGCUGCAAUUAUAUGAAGAAUCAAAAGAGUCCUUUUAUCAAUCUGUUCUACAAACCUUUGAAGGAGACUUCGAGUUUUAAUCACUCUUGUCCCUAUGGUCAUGAUAUCAUUGUGGAUAAACUUUGGACGGGAAAUCAUGAAGCAGAUUUCCUUAAAUAUCUUCCAGUGCCCAAUGGCGAUUAUAUGCUUCCAUUCACCGUAUAUAGCAAUAAUUUGGAAUUGCUCACGAUACAAGUGUUUGUGCAUUUAACCACUUAA